AUGAUGGACAUCGACGAUGAUGACAUCCUGCGCAGCGUCGCUGCUGGCGGCUCUAUGGACUACUCCGUCUGGCCAGCCCUGCUCGCCAGUCUUGUCUCCCGGAUAGAGAAUAUCGCGCACAAUGAGUUCCCUAUACCGAACCUGCCGCCGCCGCCGCCCACCGUCAUCCCCUCCUCCAUCCCGCACCCCGCGCCCUCCGACUCGGAAGACACAGAGAACUUCCUGCCGCCCCUUCCAUCUUCGCCCACGAAUCCUCCCAGCACCACGUCGUCGCAGGACACCAACAAGGAGAACGCCCCCGUCGCGCCCCGGUCCGCGCCUCCGCCCACCUCGGUGCCUGCGCCGGGCCCGGAGCCCCUGGCCCCCGGCACCCUGCCGCAACAGAUCGCGGCCAUGCUCGCCGAGAUCACCACCACCCUCACAUCCACCUUCCCCAAGUAUCCGCCUCAUACGGUACAGCGCCUCGCCGAGCUGGUCCUUGCGCCCAAGCACCACUACAAGUCGCUGCCCAGCUAUCUCCACGCCCUGGACCGUGUUGUCCACGUCACCUCGGGCCUGAAUAUCUAUCCUCUCCCUCCCGCAGUCCCCGAAGUCCCCACCGGCGGCGUGCUCUCGAAUGGUGUCUCGGACACGAACGGGCCCAACCCAUUCGCCACCCCUGGGAGCGACGAAGCUCUGGGCGGCGCCCUACUUACCCCCAUCCCCUGGCUUCAGAACAGUGCGGCGGUACAAGCCCUGUCGCCGCAGCCCCAGCAGCAAGCCCCCCAACCGCAACCGCAACCCCAAGCAUCCGCCGAAGGCGAGACGGCUUCAGGCCGCACAAACGGCAAUGGCCACGACCCUGCCGACUCUCCGGAGCUACGGACGGAAAGCACGGAAACUAUCGACGGGCCCAAUGGCAUGGGGCACAUUGAGACCGUGACGGUGACGGUGAAUGGCAUAUCAUCGAUGGGUACUCGCGGUGUUGGCGUGACGCAGGGUGAGUUGCUGCGCCAGGAGCAGCGUGCUGGCGUUGUGCCUGUCUCUCAGCUGGCAAGCCACCACGCCCACCACCAUCCCCAGCAACAGCUCCGCGCUGCCCCAUCUGCUUCUGCUGGUCCUGCUGCCGGCGGUGCCGCCGCUCCUAUUGCACCCGGUACUGGACAGAGCGAAGGAGCCCCUGCUUCUUCUGAUGCUACUGCUUCUACUUCCAGUAUCGCCGCUGCCGAGCAAGCCGUGGAGAGCGGCGAGGUUGUGGGCACUGUCGCGGGCGCUGAUGAGGACGAGAAGCCACAUGCACGAGGGCCGGAGGAGAUCGGCCCCGAGGACAUGGGACCGCAGCGCGAAGGCAGCUCUGCGACCAGCUAUGUUGGCGGGCCCGGCGUGGAGAUGCAGGGCAUCGACGUGGAGGCAGCCGUGGGACGCAAGGCCACCGAGUCCCAUCACACCUCCCCCGAGCCGAAGCCUUCCUCUGGCGCCGAGGAGACCAAGGAGGACGCCAUGGAUGGCAUCGAGAAGGCGGCCACGACGAGGGUCAGGUCUUCGACGCCCAAGCGCGAGGCUGAGGACGAGCUCGAAGGCGUGACCAAGAAGCUAAAAGAGGAUGCAGGCUCUACCGACGUCCCUGUCGACGCCCCUUCGUCGGAGGAGCCCAAGGAGAAGGGAGAGGUUCCGGCCCAGACCACGGCAGCUGAUGCUGAAGGCCCAGACGAGAAGAAGCCCGACGAUGACUAG